CACACAUACACACACAAUGACAGGUAUCUGGGAUGCUUUCCCACCUCCACAGAGAUGUUUCUGAUUUUGGUAGUCACCCUCAGCACCUCCAGACCUGGAUGUUCUCUCUCCCAUCUUAGGGAUUAUAUCAUUCACAUGACUAGAACACAGAUGUGAAUGAUGAGGGAUUCUGGCCAUGUAAACCAUGUGAGGGGGUGUUUUGUGGGGAAAAUUCCACCCCAUUUUCCCCCAGCCAUCCCUUCAUGGAAAUUAACAUGGUAUAGAGGAAAAUCCAUAACCUUGGAAUUAGAAGACCCUGUCCACAUCCCAGUUCUGACACUCACUGAGUUUCUUGAACAUGGGAAAAUUACAUUACCUUACUAAACCUGUCUCCUCUUCUCUAAAGUGUGAAUGACAGAACUGAUGACACACGGUUUUCUGAGCAGUAAAUUAGAGAACACAGGUGAAUGAGGUGGUGCAGCAAUGACCCCAAAGGCACUCGAGAAGCUUAGUUGAAAUUGGAUUCAGAGCCUGGAUGUGGAUUAACCAGCAGUGCUUCUCUGUAUCUGACAUACUCUUUGACAAACAUGUCACAAGAAUUUAUUUUAUUUUCAUCGGCUCCCUGCCUUGGUUUCCUAGUCUGUGAAAUGGGACAUUGUAUAACUUCAGUUUCUGCUUUCUAAACAUCUGAGGGUCUACAGUGAGAAAUAUGAUUUAGAUCAUAAGACAAUUGGGUGUAGCAUUUAGAAAAACUCUGAAUUCCUCUUGCCGUUGUGCAACUUGAGUUUGGUAUUAUUUGGCUUUGUUUUGUCUUUGAAAAACAAUGCUUAGAAUUCUGUCUUUCAGUUCUGGUCUCCACUUAUAUGUGUUUCUUCUCUGUGUACGCGCUAAGGUUUUUUUGUUUUGUUUUUGGUUUGUUUUGUUUUUUAAGAUCAAGUAAUGAUCUUCUCAUAUGGAGUAAAAAUAGAGUGUAGUAACUUCCCAGUGACUACUGGAGAGAAGAGUGAGAGACAAUUAAAAUCACAUUGAAUUUUUCUGAGUAUCAGGCACAAACCAGAUUUAACUUGGAACUAAAAAUAUAUAGUCCCACUGUUUAGUAGAGUUUGGGGAAAAUAGAGUUUAUAAUAGAGUUUUUGUAAUAGCAGAGAUGUAAAAUGAACAAGUAAACAAACUACAUAUAUGGACAUGACACUUGAUGACAUUUAUUAGUAUACCAAUUGCUAAUGAUCAUUAUGAAUCAUCGUAUCUACCAACUAAACACUUUAGGAAAAACAAAACCUCCUAUGAUAUUGUUAUAGCAUUCCUCCAAAGGAGGAUAUUUACAGUCUCCUGAGAACAAUUAAAACAAUAUGACAUAUUUGUACCUUGAUGUCUCUACAGUGUAUUGUCAUUAAUUACCAAGUAUAUUUCAAGCACUGAGUGGAUUUACUCCAUUGGGUCCAUAUGCCUAGAACAAUGGUUCUCAACCAGGGGUGAUUUUGCCCUCAGGGGAUAUUUGGCAAUGACAGAAGACAUUUUCCUCUGUCACAACUGACUGGGAGCAUGUAGUGGCUAGAGACCAGAGAUGCCGCUAAACAUCCUACAAUGCACAAGUCAGUCCCCACAGCAAAGAAUUUUCUAGCCCAAAUUGUCAAUAGUUCUGAAGUUGAAAACCACUGGCCUAGAACAAGCAUGAAUUUAGGGAUGAUCUGUAAGAUAUCCAUUCAUCCAAUCCAUGUGUUUUGAAUACCAAUGCUAAGUAUGACAAAAAGUGUAGACGUUUGGUGGAUGUACAUUUGUAGUUGAAUAAUAAACUAGGAAAAAGCUUUUCCUCCUUAACUCUGAAUCAGUUCACCAUUUACUUGCUUCACCUCUCUUGUGUUCUACUUUACUUCUAUUGUCUCCUCUGCGUUUUUUUCUCCUUUUCCCUGCUUCUCCCUUCCAUCAACUCCACAUCCAUUUUCUUCUUCUGUUUCCCUAUGACCCACGCUACACCUUUCCUCUCCUAUACUUUUCAUCUUCCUGUCCUUUUUUUUCUUUCCUCUAAGGUUGAAGUGCUUGAACAUCCUUCCUCAUCAGUGCAUAAAUUGUGUGGAAACACAGAACUAAGUUUUAUAUAUACUGGACACAAGGAGAAGAGUCUGUAUGCUUCUUCCAUUAGCAGAGAGAAAAGUGGGCUGAUUGGUUUUUAGAAGCUGGACCAGGAAGGAGCCUACAGUUUGUUAAGCAGCAUCUUCUCCUGGCAUGAAACACUGCAGAUCUCCUCACCAGACAGGCUGAGACUAUGCUCUGUGCCCUGCACCUGGAGUAAGAAGAACAAGCAAGGUUGGUCCAACAGAGUUAAGAGGAAGAUUUAUGAGACAUGGACCCUUGUAUCAGAUUUGGAGAAAAGUAGAAUGAAUACAGAGAUGCCAGAUGGCCACUGAGACCCAUGGACAGUCCUGCACUCACGCUUCUCUGUCGAACUUUAAGAUUAACUAGUAAUAUGCUACCUUUGCCAAAUGAAAAGAAACUAAUGGCAAGAAGGCAUACUCUUCAAUAUUGGGAAUAGACGUGCUCUCAAGACAAUGGCUUCAAAGGUCUCCUGUUUAUACGUUUUGACAGUCGUGUGCUGGGCCAGCGCUCUCUGGUACUUGAGUGUAACUCGCCCUACUUCUUCCUACACUGGCUCCAAGCCAUUCAGCCAUCUAACAGUUGCCAGGAAAAACUUCACCUUUGGCAACAUAAGAACUCGACCUAUAAACCCCCAUUCUUUUGAAUUUCUUAUAAAUGAGCCCAACAAAUGUGAGAAAAACAUUCCUUUCCUCGUUAUCCUCAUCAGCACCACCCAUAAAGAAUUCGAUGCCCGGCAGGCGAUCCGAGAGACCUGGGGGGAUGAGAACAACUUUAAAGGGAUCAAGAUAGCCACUCUCUUCCUCCUGGGCAAGAACGCUGAUCCCGUCCUCAACCAGAUGGUGGAGCAAGAGAGCCAAAUCUUUCACGACAUUAUCGUGGAGGACUUCAUUGAUUCCUACCAUAACCUUACCCUCAAAACCUUAAUGGGGAUGAGAUGGGUGGCCACUUUUUGUUCAAAAGCCAAGUAUGUCAUGAAAACAGACAGCGACAUUUUUGUCAACAUGGACAACCUUAUUUAUAAACUACUAAAACCCUCCACCAAGCCAAGAAGAAGGUAUUUUACUGGCUAUGUCAUCAAUGGAGGACCAAUCCGAGACGUCCGCAGUAAGUGGUAUAUGCCCAGGGAUUUGUACCCUGACAGUAACUACCCACCCUUCUGUUCGGGGACUGGCUAUAUCUUUUCAGCUGAUGUGGCUGAACUAAUUUACAAGACCUCACUCCACACCAGGCUGCUUCACCUGGAAGAUGUAUAUGUGGGACUGUGUCUUCGAAAGCUGGGCAUCCAUCCUUUCCAGAACAGUGGCUUCAAUCACUGGAAAAUGGCCUACAGUUUGUGUAGGUAUCGCCGAGUUAUCACCGUGCAUCAGAUCUCUCCAGAAGAAAUGCACAGAAUCUGGAAUGACAUGUCAAGCAAGAAACAUCUCAGAUGUUAGGAUUUUUACCAAUGAAAAGUUUGCCAACCUCUGAUUUAGAGAAACAGGAAAACAUCUGAAGAAGGUGCUACAUAUGAAAUUCCUCCACUUGUCAAUGAAAAGUCACAUCAAUAAAGCAUCCUGGAAUUGUCUCCAUACAACCAGGGAGAUGACAAUAGAGUUGUGAUAAUGAAUUGCAUUAAAAACCGA